AUUAACAGCAUCUGGCAGAAUAUUACAAACUAUCAAUCCUCAUAUCACUCCACCACCACUGCCACCGCCACCACCAAUGUUGCCAUACGCCACCGUUCAAGAGGCGGAAACCGCCCUAGGCCGAUCUCUCACUGCCCCAGAAACACUUUGGUUCAAUUAUUCCGCCGCCAAAUCGGACUACUUACUAUACUGCCACAACAUUCUGUUCCUCUUUGUCAUUUUCUCUGCUGUGCCCCUUUACUACAUGUUACUUGAAGUCUUCUUUUUAGAAUCUGUCAAAUCGUACAAAAUUCAACCCAAAGUGAAGCUUUCAGUUUCGGAUAUGUUCCGAUGCUACAAAUCCGUCAUGCGCAUGUUCUUCCUCGUUGUGGGACCUCUUCAACUCGUGUCCUAUCCCUCUAUUAAGAUGAUAGGGAUAAGAACAAGUUUGCCAUUGCCUUCUUUAUGGGAAAUUAUAGCACAAUUGGGGAUUUAUUUCAUUGUGGAGGAUUAUUUGAAUUAUUGGAUCCAUAGAUUUCUGCAUUGUAAAUGGGGGUAUGAGAAGAUUCACAAGGUGCAUCAUGAGUACACAGCUCCAGUCGGAUUUGCGGCGCCGUAUGCUCACUGGGCGGAGGUUUUGAUCCUCGGGAUCCCCUCGUUUAUGGGGCCUGCAAUCGUCCCGGGUCACAUGAUUACUUUCUGGUUGUGGAUUGGACUAAGGCAGAUUGAGGCUAUUGAGACUCACAGCGGGUUUGACUUUCCUUGGACUCCAACAAGAUAUAUUCCAUUUUACGGUGGUCCAGAUUACCAUGAUUAUCAUCAUUAUGUUGGCGGACAAAGCCAGAGUAAUUUUGCUUCAGUAUUCACCUAUUGCGAUUACUUAUAUGGAACUGACAAGGGAUACCGAUAUCAAAAGAAAGUCCUCCAGCAGUUGCGGGAGGGACUGAAAAGCAAUGGUGAGCAAAAAGGAGAUUUGCAAGACAUAUCUGCACAAGAUGUUAAAGUCGACUAGUUUUGAAAUAUUUGAAACUGUCUCUAUGUAAUGUCCUCUGAAAUGCUUCUUAUUGGAAACAACUAGUUGAAGCCUUAGGUUUGAUCGUUGAAGUUGACAUAGAUUAGUAUUUGGUUUUGAUGGGCUUUAACUGGAAGUCUGUUAGUAUCGUGCUUUGCUGUAUUUGUGGUGCAGGCUCAUUGUUACAGUUUGGGACUUGUACUUGAUCAGUAAAUCAGUUUCAUAUUGCAUUUGAUUAGUA